UAAAUAUUUAACAUAAAAUUCUAAAGUUAUUUUUAAAAAUGCGACGUUUAGAUUCUAAAGAUAUAUUAGGAGCUGAUAAAUUGGAGGAGAAAUUAGAAGCAGCACGCGAUGGGUUAAGAGAAUUAGAUCGUGAUAUUCGUAAAAUAUUGGGUCGCGACUUACCUGAUGGAGAAAAUGGACCAAACCAACAAUCUACGAGAAUUGUUCAAAAACGAAUGCUUCAAGAUGAUCGCAAAAGAAAUUCAUUAGAUUUUAUGGGAAAUGAUCAACUUGGUGGUAAACGUCGUUGGCAUUCACAGUUGCCAUCAACACCAGGAGAACCAAAAACGGUUUUCAGCCGAUUAAGUGCUCGUGUACCUUCAACAGCAGAUGAUAGUGCUGAUGAAGAUGAUAACUCUAUUAAGCCUGCUGUAUCAUCACGUGUAAUAGCUACUCCUCGCGAAGUACCGUCCCGACAAGAAGUGAUAAGACGUGAAAGAGUAGAUGAACGAAGUCGUCAACGGAAUAAGCGUAUGUUUGGUGCGUUAUUAGGUACUUUACAAAAAUUUAGACAAGAAGAAACUAAAUUAAAGGCCAAGGAAGACAAGAAAGCAGAAGUUGAGGCUAGAGUCGAAGAGGCUAAAAGACGGGAAAAAGAAGAAUUAAGACGUGAAAGGCAACAAUUGUUUUCAUCACGAAAAAGACAGUUAGCUGAAGUAAGAGCGUUAGAAACUAAGUUAGCACGAAGUCGACAGUUUCAAAAUUGGCGUUCAGCCACAUUACCGCUUUUGUCUUUCAUUAAAACACAAACUCAACCAGCAAUUUAUUAUUUGCCGAAACGGAAGCAUCCUAAAACAGAUGCUUUACUUGAACAAUGUACAAAAGAAUUACAUGCGGAAAUCGAGCGACGAGAGAAAGCAUUGAUUGAAGAACUUGCGCUAAUAGAUUCUCAAAUGAAUGUUAGUAAACAACAACAUAACACUGAUGAUAAGUUAGAACAGAAUGAUAUGACAGAAGGACAAGGAAUGGAGGAGGGUGAAGAGAAUCGUGACCCUAAUCCAGAGAACAAUGAAAAUAUGAUAGUCGAAGAUGAAAAUGAAUCGAUAAAAUCAGAAAUUCAUCAAGUAGAGAAAAUAAAUGACAAAAAAAGUUUAAGUGUGAAUAAUGAUAAAAUGGAAACAGAUACGAUAAUUCAAGAAAAUCAGUCAGAAGAAAACGAGAACCAUGGUUAACACUGUAUUAUUUUUAAAUGGCUGUAUAUAUUGAUAGACAAAAAUGCUGAAAAUAUCGCCCGAUAACACAAAAAGCAUCAAUAACUGGAUAAAUGGAUAUAAAUAAUGAAUUUCUAUAAAUUUUCAAAUUUUUUACAUUGAAAGAACAGUACAAGAACAAUAUUUCUUGCAUUUUGUUAUCAACUUAGGACUCAAAUCAUUAGAUUGAAAUUUUUUUUAUUAUUAAUAAUUAUAAUUAACUAAUUGGCAAGAAAUAGAUGGUUUUAAAUAAAUAAAUACAGUCAAUUGAAACAAACUAAUA